CACCGAGCGUCCGUCCACAACCACAUUUUGGACAUUGCCUGCACCUUCACACAAGCUAUCUCAGUACCUCCAAGCUCUAUUGGCUGCCGAUAUAGACCACGCGAACGCGUUGCACACAGCACAUCCAUGGCUGCAAAGGUCAUCGUGGUAACCGGCGCCAGCCGAGGGCUCGGCCUGGCGAUAUCGACACAGCUCAUCCGGUCCUCUCACAAGGUCGUCUUGGCCUCCCAGACAGAGAGCCCGCUGAAGGAGCUCAAGGACAAGCACCCUUCUCAAGUUGCGUAUUUGGUAGCCGACUUGACUGGCUCGGGGGUCGCAUCUCAACUCGCAGACCUUGCCAUCAAAACCUUCGGCAAGAUCGAUGGCUUGGUGAUCAAUCAUGGCACACUCGCACCCUUGGCGCGUCUCGAGGAUGCCAACCUCGACGAGUGGAAAAAGGCCUUCGACAUCAAUCUCUUUAGCGGUGUUGCUCUGAUUAAAGCAGCGAUUCUAGAGCUUCGCAAGAGUCACGGAAGGGUCAUAUUCGUGUCAUCCGGAGCAGCCCUCAAGGGCUACACGGCAUGGGGCGCAUACGGUGGUAGCAAGGCAGCGAUGAACUCAUUGUGCCAGCAUCUCGCCGUUGAAGAACCCGAUGUGACAUCGGUGGCCGUAGGGCCUGGCAGAGUCGACACUGACAUGCAGAAGGUCAUUCGCGACUCGGGCAAGGGGAUCAUGGCCGACAAGGACUACGCCGGCUUCAAGGAAGCCUUUGACGAAGGCCGCCUCAACACGCCCGAGGGGCCAGGCAAGGUCAUUGCCACGCUGGCUGUGGAAGCCAAGUUGGAUCUGAGCGGCAAAUACGUAAACUGGAAUUCUGAGGAGGUUGCGUCGUAUCGGGGCUAGGCGUGAUCAAGUCAAGAUGUGAAUCUGAGUACUGGUCAAAUAGUCAGCCUGGAUGUUCCAGCAAAGUUUGGUAGAAUGAAUCAAGGGUGACAAAGGGAAAGGCCUCAGGUGAAAGAUGAAAAGUCGAUAUUUGAUUCCACAUAUUUGCUUCAGUAUUAGCAUGGAAUAUUUUGUUUAAUCAUCGGCCAUGCGUGUGUUGUUUGUGUUAGGACGAAGACAUAGUCUUCCUCUAGGCAAUUGAAAACGAG